AUGCCUAUCGAGAGUAUCAAGCAGAGUGUUAUUAAAGUUUAUGGAGAAGAAAGUCAAACGCGAACUAUUUCUUUAAACAAUAUCGUUGAUGCUGAAUCUAUUUUAAAACGCAUCUUACAAAAGUUUAAUAUUAAUGAAGACGUUGAAAAUUAUUCAUUAUUCGCCACUAUGAGUGAUACUGGUGAAAUUGAAAUAUGUAAGAAUUCUGACAGACCAGAACGUGAAAGGCUUACUUUGCGAAAGAAACAUCUUCCAAUGAGUUUUGAACAGUCAAAAAAACAAAAAAAAGAUUUAGAAAGAUUUUUUGGUGAAAAGCCACCAAGUAAUCCACAAGUUGGAAUCUCCCAAAAGAAAUUAAAAAAUUUCUUUGGUCAGCGUCCUCCUUCUGAAUUAAUUCAAUUAAAUUUGACGGAAUAUUUCCCCGGUCAUAAUAGUGAAGAACUUGAACGCAGUGUUGCGAGAAGUUCCAUUUAUAGAAGAGUGUCAAGAGUUUCUGCAGCUUCUAGAUUUUCAGUGCAAAGAUCAAAUGACGAUAGAUCAAAUACUGCUACUGCUUCUAAUUAUAAUAGUGAUAGAUCGAGUACAAUAUUGGCACCUUCAGUGAAUUCUAGCACAGCCAUUCAAGAAGAACAAGAGGAAGAAGUUGACUUUCAUGAUUUUGAUUAUGAGGACGAAGAGUAUGUGAUGUCUGAUCCAGAAGAUGGCAUGGGUUCUUUUGGUAGUGUAUAUCUUGGACUUAAUGCUUUUACCGGAGAAUUCAUGGCAGUUAAGCAAGUGGAAUUACCUACCGCAAAUUCUUCAAAUAAUGAACGUAAAAAAUCUAUGUUGGAUGCUCUACAAAGAGAAAUUGCGCUCUUAGAAGAAUUGCAUCAUGAAAAUAUUGUGCAAUAUCUUGGUAAGAGUUCACAGCUUGAUGAGGGAACGGGAACAUUUAAUAUUUUCUUGGAAUAUGUGCCUGGUGGAUCAGUAGCUUCAAUGCUUAAUCUCUUUGGUCCAUUAGAAGAAAAUUUGAUUCGAUCAUAUGUUAGACAAAUUUUACAAGGAUUGAAUUAUUUGCAUGAAAAAGACAUUAUACAUAGAGAUAUUAAAGGCGCCAACAUUUUGGUGGAUAAUAAAGGAAUAAUCAAAAUAUCAGAUUUUGGUAAAUUGCGUCUCUAUCAUGUGAUCUACGGCCAAAAAAAAUUGUUAUACGAAUGA